CAGGCUGGCACUAUUCAGACCACUCGCGGCUGACCAACAGCCGAUCCUCUCGGUUGCUGCCUUUACGUCGAGUUCCAAUUACACCGCUAUCGCGUCUCUCACCUUGAUCUUCAGCACGUGAGUGCCAGGCAGGCAACGGUCCACGAGGUCUAUAAAUUGACUACUCGAGGCAACCUUCCAUACACUAAUACUCUUCCCCAAAGGACCUUGAUUGUUGAUCCUUCUCAUACCCUCACCGGAACUUUCAAUCACCAAUCCUCUCUGCUGGCGGCCUCAUUAUGUUCGCCGGCAACUUCAAUCCCGGCGCCCGUAACUUCAACCCCAACGGCAGCUCCAUCAACUCACAGGGAAGUAGCGCGUCGCGUCAGGUGAGCGCUCCUCCCUCUCCGUAUCUCGAAGCCCGGAUCCUUAGCUUGGAGUCAACAUACACCGAUCUACGCGACGACGUCAACACGCUCACAGACUUAUAUCACGACAUGUGUCAGUCAUUUGGCAAGGCUCAGCCCUGUCCCCAGGACGUUGACCUUGUCAAGUCACGUCAGAGUGCUAUGCAGUUCAUGGAAGAGCUCGAGCAAUUGAGCCACGAUGUUCAAGAGUCAGUGAACGGCAAUGCUGACGAGCGAAAGGUGAACGGUGGUAGCACGCCAAUGGUUGACAGCAACAAAGUCCCUCUCCACAAGCAGGCCACGAGUGUUACUAGUCGAGGAUCAGGCGGGAAGUCCUUGCCUCCGCACCUUCGUGGCAAGCAGCUCAUUCCUACUAACGGUGUCUCGAUUUCCAGGCUCUCGCUUGACGCGACAAAGGACAAGCACGAGCCUCUAGUUACAGAUGGACCGGUUGAUACGCUCAUUCGACAGCCAACAGUCCCUACAGCAGCUCCAAGCCCACCACCGUCGCCCUCUACAACUGUCAAGGUGUCCCACAUUGAGGCAGAGACUUUGUCGGAUGACUGGAAGCCGCACUACCUCACCACACUUGCAGCACUGCCUGCCGAGAUUGCUGUCAAGAUCCCUGCUAAGCAGGACAUGGCUACAUUCAGCUUCGACAUGCUCCAGAAUGUCCUCAGUGGCAUUGCGUGGUCACCUGGUAUGCGAUUCAUCAACACGUCUCGUGCGCCUUUGCUCAAGAAUCGCACGUACUACCUGCUCGACCCAACAUAUGAGCCAUACUUGCCGAAAGGACCUGGAGAGCACGGCGCAAAGCUGACCGCAUUCUUCAACACUGCCCCCGACGAAGAGUUCGACGACUUGCCUGAAGAAGGCAUCGAUCCCUACACCGAUGUCCCCAUGUUCGUUCAGGUUUUACCAGGCCGCUACGCCUACUUUGGAAACUAUUCGCAGACGCGUUGGUCCGACAAGCUCGACAACGAUACGAUGAGGUCUCGAGUACCCCAACGCGUCCAAGAGCACAUCGCGAAAGAUCUGACCGCUCUGCCCCGCGAAGAGUGGUUGACGAACGAGCUGAAGAAGCACUUCUUUCCAAGGCCUGAGUACGAAGGCGCUGUUCUCCCGCCCACCGGAACAAGCGUUGUCACCACGGAUGAAGAGCAACACAGUAGGCAGGUGGAGAGCGACGUCAAGAAAUACGUGCAGGAGCUUGCCGGAUGGGAGCGCGAGGCCAGCAUGAAGACGUCAAUGAUGAAGUCCGACUUCAUCUUGAAAGCCUUCGAUUCUGCUGAUGCAGACUACCCACCCGCUCUGCGUCUCUGGUGGGAGUAUUUCGAGUGCGUUAACUGGAAGGCAGACUUCUACAACAUGCUCGUCGGCCUCCAGGCUCGCGCUGAUGACCCUAAGUGAAGAGUGGGCACGCGAAUGCUUUUGAUGACUAUCUCAUGGUGCUUUUUCUUUGACUAUUUGGACGGAUCCGGUAAUGGAAAUCUGUUCUUUGGAUCACAUCAAAGUCGAACGGACUUUUCUUUGCCAUGGAUGAACGACCCUGGCGAUGGUGGUCGGCUGUUCGAGUUUGGGAGUGCUGGCUUAGCUCAUUUGGGGUUGUGGAUUCACUCACACGACCAGAUCGAACAACUCAGAAUUAGCUCGAAGAGCUCACCGUAGUCAA